CAGCAUCCAGAGUCUAACCUUUCCAUCUACCCGGAUAUAAACACAAAAUUAUUUCUCAAAAGACUUUUAUUUAUGGCAGCUGUGAAGAGUCAACUUACAAGAAAUCACUUCGAUAUAUCAUCGCUCUCUCUCAAGAUUUAGCCUUCAUAGCCCAAAAGUUGAUCUGCUUUUUUGCUCAGAUUCUCACAAAGUUUCGAUCUUUACUGCUUUUGGGAUCCAAAGUCUCAAUCUCUAACUCCAUUUCUUUCAAGAUUUUUCAAAUCUCGAGAUGGGUUGUUGCGGUAGCAAAGGAAAUGCUCCAACACCAGAUGUUAAUGGUUAUAGAGGACCAGCAACUGGAUAUCCUAGGCAAACCAAUCAACAACAACAACCUCAAUAUCAUCCAAGCCAACAGAAAGUCACAGUCCCUCAAAUUCAGACACAAACCCCACCAACAAGACCUCAACAGACACAACAACAAACCCCAACAAGGCCAGCUCCUGAUACUAUACUUGGCAAGCCUUUUGAAGACAUCAAGCAACACUAUACUCUUGGAAAAGAAUUGGGUAGAGGUCAGUUUGGUGUUACUUAUUUGUGCACAGAGAAUUCAACUAGUCAUACUUAUGCUUGCAAGUCAAUAUUGAAGAGGAAGUUAGUGAAUAAGAAUGAUAAAGAGGAUAUGAAAAGAGAGGUUCAUAUCAUGCAGGACUUGUCAGGGCAGCCAAAUAUUGUUGAAUUUAGAGGGGCUUAUGAGGAUAGGCAAUCUGUGCAUCUUGUUAUGGAGCUUUGUGCAGGGGGGGAGCUUUUCGAUCGGAUUAUAGCAAAAGGGCAUUAUUCAGAGAGAGAUGCUGCUAAGAUUUGUAGGGAGAUAGUGAAUGUGGUACAUGCUUGUCAUUUUAUGGGAGUGAUGCAUAGAGAUCUCAAGCCUGAGAAUUUCUUGCUGUCUAGCAAAGCUGAGGGUGCUAAACUGAAGGCAACUGAUUUUGGGUUGUCUGUGUUCAUUGAGGAAGGUAAAGUUUACCGUGAUAUAGUGGGCAGUGCAUAUUAUGUUGCUCCUGAAGUAUUGCGCCGUAGUUAUGGAAAGGAAAUAGACAUCUGGAGUGCAGGAGUUAUUUUGUAUAUUCUACUCAGUGGAGUACCUCCCUUUUGGGCUGAAAAUGAAAAGGGAAUAUUUGAUGCCAUUCUACAAGGAGACAUUGACUUUGAAAGUGACCCAUGGCCUUCAAUAUCUAACAGUGCAAAAGAUCUUGUCAGGAGGAUGUUGACUCAGGAUCCUAAAAAGCGAAUCACUUCUACACAAGUUCUUGAGCAUCCAUGGAUUAAGGAAGGAGGUGCUGACAAGCCAUUAGAUAGUGCUGUUCUCUCUAGAAUGAAACAAUUCAGGGCAAUGAAUAAGCUUAAGAAGCUUGCUUUGAAGGUUAUUGCUGAAAAUCUUUCUGAAGAAGAAAUUAAAGGUCUUAAAACAAUGUUCACAAACAUGGACACUGACAAGAGUGGCACCAUCACCUAUGAAGAACUGAAGACAGGUUUGGCUCGACUCGGGUCAAAGCUCUCUGAAGCUGAAGUAAAGCAACUCAUGGAAGCUGCUGAUGUGGAUGGAAAUGGAUCUAUUGACUACAUUGAGUUUAUCUCUGCUACUAUGCAUAGAUAUAAGUUAGAAAGAGAUGAACACCUAUACAAAGCAUUUCAGUACUUUGAUAAGGACAGCAGUGGGUAUAUAACAAGGGAUGAGUUAGAAUCGGCAAUGAAGGAAUAUGGAAUGGGAGAUGAAGCCACCAUAAAGGAAAUAAUUGCCGAGGUGGAUGCAGAUAAUGAUGGGAAGAUCAACUACGAAGAAUUCUGUGCAAUGAUGAGAAGUGGAACUCAGCAUGCAGGAAAGCUUUUUUAAUUCCAAAGGUGAGUGCAGAACUAUUACCUAAAAGAGUUUACAAGAACCAAAGCAAUCUCACUGAGAACGCAGGGAUACACUGUCCAGUCCCACAUUUUGAAUCUGAAAAAUGGCACUUUGAGCACAAGUUUGGAUUGCUUGGAUUUGAGCUGUAAUGUUUGUGCAUAUCUAGUAUUUUGUUUGUUCUAUUUUCUGGUUCCCUUUUAACUCACUCUGAUUUUUUUUUUCCAAUGAGAUAUCGAAUAAUCUUUUGACAAAUUAUGGUGCAUAAUGAAUAAGCUCUCGUGCUAUUUUCUU